AUGGAGCCUCUCCGGCUGCUCAUCUUGCUCUUUGUCACAGAGUUGUCCCAAGCCCACAACACCACGGUGUUCCAGGGAGUGGCAGGCCAGUCUCUGAAGGUCUCCUGCCCCUAUGACUCUGUGAAGCACUGGGGGAGACGCAAGGCCUGGUGCCGCCAGCUGGGCAAAGAGGGCCCAUGCCAGCGUGUGGUCAGUACACACAACUUGUGGCUGCUGUCCUUCCUGAAGAGGCGGAACGGGAGCACAGCCAUCACAGACAAUGCCCUGGGUGGCACCCUCACCAUUACACUGCGGGAUCUUCAAGCCCAUGACACAGGCUUCUACCAGUGCCAGAGCCUCCAUGGCAGUGAGGCCGACACCAUCCAGAAGGUCCUGGUGGAGGUGCUGGCGGACCCCCUGGAUCACCAGGACACUGGACAUCUCUGGGCCCCCAGUGAGUCUGAGAGCUUUGAGGCUGCCCACGUGGAGCACAGCAUCUCCAGGAGCUUCUCAGAAGGAGAGAUCCCCUUCCCACCCAUUUCCAUCCUUCUCCUCCUGGCGUGCACCUUUCUCAUCAAGCUUCUAGCAGCCAGCGUCCUCUGGGCUGCAGCCUGGCACAGGCAGAAGCUGGGGACACCUCCGGUCAGUGGGCUUGACUAUGACCACAACCCAGGGCACCAGCUCCAGACCCUGACAGAUCUAAUCACCAACCCCGCCUCCUUCUCUGGAAUUUCCCCAGUAUCUAUACUCCUGCCGCUCUCCUCCCACUGUGUUCGCCCUCUUCAUCAGCUUCCCUUGGAUUGCUGCUGGCCUGCUGCAGGCCCUCCUCGGCCUGGCACCCCCGAUCCACCCACCCACCCACCCAAGGCCAUCCACCUCCCAGCAAACCAGUGCCAUAAGGGCCACCCUGCUACUAAGGGCAUCCCUGCCACUAAAUGCCCCCCUUGA